AUGAAGGCCUCUUUCAUCGCUGCCGUCGCCGCUCUGGCCGGCUCUGCUUUCGCUGCUCCCACCCCUGUUGGCGGUGUUGAUAGCCUCCUCAGCGGCCUCAAGGCUGGUGACAUCACCAAGGAUCUCAAUGCUGGAGACAUCACCAAGGAUCUCAAUGUUGGAGACAUCACCAAGGAUCUCAAGAUUGGCGACCUUACCAAGGAGCUCAAGCUUAACGAGCUCCCCGUUGUCUCUAAGCUCAGCGACGUAACCAAGGUCCUGAACCUUCCCGCCCCCGCCUCCCCCUCUGCCAGCGGCACCCCCGCUGUCCAGGACGGUCACCUCGUCCAGAACCUCGGACCCCAGCUCGACAACAUCCUGACCGUUGUCGGCCCCGACGCCACUACCCUGCUCAUUCAGCUCUCCCCCGAGGUUACCGCCCUCGUCUCCGGCCUUGGUCUCCCUGGCCUCGGCGUUCCCCUCGGUUCUAUUGUCGCCUCCGCCUCCGGCCUUGGUGGUCUCGUCACCGGCCUUGGCCCCGUCGUUGACGGUCUCGUCACUGUUGUUGGUGCUGACGUUGGUGCUCUCCUCAUCAGCCUCUCCCCUGAGGUUGGUGGCCUCGUUUCCGGCCUUGGUCUCCCUAACGUUGGUGUCCCCGUCGGUACCGUUGUUGCUACUCUCGGCAAGAACCUCAAGCGUGGCGAGAUCGUCCAUGACGUUGCUCCUAAGGUCAAGAACACCCUCACCGUCACCGGCCUGAACGCCAAGAACCUCCUCGUCGAGCUCUCCCCCUCCGUCACCACCCUCGUUGCUGGUCUCGGUCUCACUACCAUCGCCGGCCCCGUUGGCUCCAUUGUCGCUGAGGCCUCUUCCGUCGGUGACCUUGUCAAGGACGUCUCCGGCCCCGUUGAGGACCUUCUCCACAUCGUCGCCAAGGACGGCAAGCACCUCCUCAUCAAGCUGUCUCCCUCCGUUGUUGGCCUUGUCACUGGCCUCGGUCUCCCCACCGUUGCCACCCCCGUCGGUGCCAUCCUCACCACCGUCGCUCAGAACCUGUAA